UGCUAUUACGUUUCAGUUACGGAAAACGGAUCAUCUUUGCCCGGAGUAUCAGAAACUGGAAAUCCGGAACCGGACAUGGAUAUUCCUGGAUGUUCAGCUUCCACCGAAAUGGUUCACUUCCUCGGCGUUAUGAAUGAAAACGAGCCAGUAACUGCACCACCAGUUCCAGAGGGAGACGCAACAAAUACAUCCCAGUCCUCAUGUGAAGACGAAAUUUCACUUUCUGGAAAUCAAUUUCAGAGUUGGGUGGUCAGAAAUGUGGCCAUUUUAAAAGCGCAAAAUCGUAACAUCCAGGAGACACUUGACGCGAUAUUGCUUAACUUAGAUGGAAAGAGAAAGCCGCAAGAUGAAGUUCGGCACGAAAUUCCACUGAAGAAUAUGGUCGAUGUUAGUAAUGCUGCUAAUUUUUAUGCAGUCCCAAGUAACCGGGAAUCACUGAUUGUAAAAUUAACUCAGAGAAAAGUAAGCAAUAUCGGAAGUUGCACACGCCGGGUGUUAUCAAGACUUUGUGCGGACGAAUUGAUGCAGCAUUACAACUGGAUUGGGUCCAGGGGUAGCAAAAUCGCGUUUUGUGAUGCGUGGAUGAGACACAUUGUAUUUGAUGCGGUUCGUGCGAGUUUACCAUUAAAGCUUGUCACCGAUGACGAGAUGGAAACCACAAUUAAAGAAUAUUUGAAAGGUGCACCUAAAAGAUUGAAGAAGAAUAAUCCGAAUGAUGGAACACUCCCAAGGGGCGACUCUGAACCCGAUGAUCAACCAAAUGAGUAAUUCUUGGACUAUUGGAUUGUUUUGUUAUUU